CUCACGCAGGAGCAAGAAGCUGGUCCUCUCAUCAGUCAGCAGAGAGACGGGCCACGAGCAGGAUGUCGUCAGCUGUGGCCUUCUUGCUUAAGGGUGACUGGGACGAGCAGCCUGUCGGCUCCGCCCCCAAGAUGACGUCAUCCACCACCACGCGGCCGCCGGGGUUCGUACAGUGCUACGUCUGCCAAAGGGAAUUCGGGUCUCGGUCCAUCGAGAUCCACGAACCUCAGUGCCUCGAAAAGUGGAGAGCCAGAAACGCUAAAUUGCCAAAGUUAGUUCAAGUUUGAGCUAGUUCUUUAUUUCAGUUUUUAAGGGUUUGGAUACCCCCCCCCCCCCCCCGUGCGUGGUGGCCUUAAAAAAUAAUUAAAAGUCGGAUAAGUGGAUCUGAAGCAAAAUGAGUGUGUAUGAGUGACUUCUGAUUUGAAUAUAAGGAAGAUUUUGGAAGUUUGAAGUCGAUACUUGGAAAGUUUUGUGCUGUGUGAUUACUCGAUCCGUGCUUUGACCAAAACUUUUUUUUUUUAUUGAGAAAUGCAAAGUUCACUUGUAAAUUUAUGUGGAUGAUUAAGUUGUGGAGAUUUAAAUGGAAGUGGAAAAAAUAGCAUCCGGGAUAAAUGUAUGCUGGCCAUCACGGUAUAUGUAUGUGGAUAAUUUUUUUUUUUUUUCUAAAAUAUGCUUUAAAUAUAUUAUAUAUAUUCUCCGUUCAUUAUAUGAUAAAAUGUACUUUGAUUGUACACGUAGAAUGUAUAAAGACUCUCAAUUUAAAGAAGUAUUAUAAAAGGAUGCGAAUUUUUACAGUUUAUAUACUUUUUUUUUUUAUUACUACAUCAUUAUUACCAUUUCUUCCGUUAUUUUUAAAAUUUAUUUAUAUUGUGUGUUUCUUUACUCUCCAUCAGUUAUGUAGACAAUAGACGUUUGUAUUUUUUCGUCAUGAAUUCAGGUGUAUGAUCAUUAAUCACAAGAAAUUUUGUUAUAAAAUAUUCAAUACACAUUAAAAAUAUAUAUACAUUAGACCACAGACUCGCUUUUACAGUAGAACCUAAAAUGACGGGGGAUUCAAGGAUCGAAAAAAAUAGAUUUGUGGAAUGAUAUGAGAUUAAACAAUAUAACAUUAACUGGACGUUGUAUAUUUCUGGAGAUUCUAGAUGCCUGACCUAUCGAAGCUGACAUAUAGGAAUCUGUUACGCCAUACAUUUCUUAUAUUUGACAUUCUGUUACAUACACUGGAUACUUUACGUGUUCCGUAGGCUAUGUUUUAUUAAGUAUUUUCUAUUUCUGAAUUGUAUUCGUUUU